CUCUUCUUACGAACGUGUUGCCACGUGCCACCUUCUACUUCUAAGCUCUGUUUGGUAGAAUUUCCUUAAAAGGAAAUUUUCAUGCAAAAUUCCUUCAACAAAACGCACACUCUCUUCUUCACUUUUUAGUUCAUAAUCACACUCAAAAUUUCCUUUCCCAUUUUGCUCUCUCUCCAUUUUAACAAACAAAGUUUUCUUUUCCUCUAAAUUAUCCCCAAUUUACCCCUAUUAACUCCAUUCUCAUCCCAAUUAAAAGCGCCAUUCCUUUAUAAGCAAGCACAACAUCCUUCCUCUCUCACUCACUCAUUCACUAUUUCUUUCUCUGGUUUAAUAGCAAUUUUGAACCGAAACCAAAAGGCUUGUUUGGUGUUAAUGGCGUUAGCUCCGACGACUGUUCUUACAACGCCGUCGUCGUUGUACGUUGGUGAUCUUCACCCCGACGUUUCCGAUGGACAGCUUUUUGAUUUCUUCUCGGAAUUCAAAAGCCUUGCUUCUGUUCGUGUCUGUCGUGAUUCAUCCACUGGACGUUCUCUAUGUUACGGCUACGUUAAUUUUGUUGUUCCUCAGGAUGCUGUACAUGCUAUUGAGGUGAAAAAUAACUCCAUCCUCAAUGGUAAGGUUAUUAGGGUAAGCUGGUCUCUGCGUGACCCUGAUGCGCGGAAAAGCGGAAAAGGGAACGUGUUUAUCAAGAACUUAAGUGAUACAAUUGAAAGUUCGAAGCUUCAAGAAAUUUUUCAAAAGUUUGGAAAUAUCUUAUCUUGUAAAGUUGUCACUUCUGAAGAUGGCAAGAGUAAAGGAUAUGGCUUUGUCCAGUUUGGGUCGGAGGAGUCUGCAAAUGCCGCUAUUGAGAAGCUUAAUGGGAUCAUGGUUGGAGACAAGCAGUUGUAUGUUGGUAAGUUUGUCAAAAAGACUGACAGGGUUUUGCCCAAUCCUGAUGCGAAAUAUACCAAUUUGUACUUCAAGAACUUGGACACUGACAUUUUAGAGGAUCAUCUUAGAGAAAAGUUCUCUAAGUUUGGAAGUAUAAGCAGCUUGGUCAUUUCAAGAGAUGAGAGCGGAACUUCAAAAGGUUUUGGAUUUGUAAACUUUGACAAUCCUGAUGAUGCUAGGAAAGCAGUGGAGGCUAUGAAUGGAUCACCCGUUGGCUCUAAGACCUUGUACGUAGCUAGAGCACAAAAGAAAGCAGAGCGCGAACAACUUCUGAAGCGCCUCUUUGAGCAGAGAAGGAGAGAGCAAAUUAUGAAAUACCAGGUUUCAAAUGUGUAUGUCAAGAAUAUUGACGAUGAUGUCUCAGAUACUGAGUUGCACGAACUGUUUAGCCAAUGUGGCACAAUCACUUCGUCAAAAAUUAUGCAAGAUGAGAAAGGUGUGAGCAAGGGUUUUGGAUUUGUAUGCUUCUCAACAGCAGAGGAGGCCUAUAACGCGGUGAAUACUUUUUAUGGACUUAUGUUGCACCGGAAGCCGUUAUAUGUGGCGAUUGCUCAAAGAAAAGAGGAAAGACAGGCUCAGCUACAACUACACCAUGCACAACGAAUUGCGGGCCUAACUGGACCUUCACCUAUGUUUCCUGGUGCAUAUCCUCCUUUUUACUAUACAGGCCCUGGUGUUGUUCCUCAAGUACCAACAAGACCUGGGAUGAUGUAUCAUACUCUCGGUAUGAGGCCAGGUUGGGGUACUAAUGGGUUCACAAACAUGACUAGACCUGGCUUUCAACCUUCUCCAGUUCCCAUGAUUCCUAAUACUUAUCGACAACAUCGGCAGAAUAGGGGAAGGUUGAACGGAAAUAUGCCAGCUUCCGACGUGAUCAGUGUGCAGCAGUCAGGUCAAUCAGGGGUGCCAUCGAAAGAAGCUAGCAAUUCUCAGCGUGGUGGGCAGGUCAAGUAUGUGCCCAAUGGCCGGACUCGUGACAUGACCAGAGGAUCUUUGGUAUCAAAUGCUGGUCCUGUUGCAGUUGGAUCAGUUGCUGAGAGUCCUGAAAUGCUGAGUAGCUUGCUUGCUGCUGCUGCUCCUGAGCAGCAGAAACAGAUACUCGGAGAGCGCCUUUAUCCUCUUGUCAUUAAACAUAAGCCCAAGCUUGCUGCAAAGAUAACCGGAAUGCUAUUGGAGAUGGACAAUGCUGAACUGCUAUUAUUGUUGGAGUCACCAGAAUCUCUGGAAACCAAGGUGGAGGAAGCUGUGGAGGUGCUCAAGUUCUCUAAGGCAAAAGUUUCCAGCCAAGAGUCACUUCAGCCAAGUUUUCUUUCUGCAGAAGUUGCAGUCAGCUGAGCAAUGCUGCUGCGAUAUAUUUGUCUUUAGCAAAGAUGGAAGUUUCCUAGAGGGUUGUAGUAAUUAAGGCUAGGUAGUAGAGUAAGCGCAAGGGUUGUCAUACCGUUUGGCAACCCCGAGUCUCCUUGUCUGCAUGGAAUCCAUAUUUUCUGCUUUGAAACAAUCUAGACAGUCUUUGUUAACCUUCAUUAUGAAGGAUUUGCUAGAGUCAUUACAUGACUUUAUAUUAUAGCCAGCUUAAUUUAAUGCAAACCUUUUUAAAUCUUUAUGAUGAAGUGGUUCUUAUUUUAAA